UGCAGGAUGAUUGAUGUUUUUAAUGGUCCAGGUAAUUGUGAACUGUUUGAGAACAAGCUUGAACUGAAUACUAGGGAAUCUGACCUGACAUAAGCUCCAAAGUCUAAUAUGGUGAUAAAAGGAGCAUAAGCACAAAUCAAUAAAGCUUUGUAAUGCUGGAGAAUGUGGCUGAUCGGUCAGGAGGUGAGAGCACAGAUAAAUAUAUAUGGAUCAAUAAAUGUCUGUGUAAGGAGUAAUUUUACUCCCUUACUCUUUGUAUAAGAAAUAAGAGUUACUCAUCAAUCACGAAAUAUGUUUUAACUAUGUGUCAGUGUCAGUUAUUUUACCUUCACUUCACACUAUGGUUCAGAUUUUGCCGCAUUUAUCUAUGGCGGGGGAAAUUAAUUUAACUCUCACAUAUCAACAGGGCACACGACAGUGAAAUACUGAGAGCAGGGUUGCGUAAUUUCAAAUAUGCAAAACAUACCCUCCACCAUAACGGAGCAGCACAUUUUGGGAUGCACGUCAUCAUUCAUACAUGCGCUGAUUAUUUAUUUGUUUUUUAUUUUUAUUAUUAUUAUUCAAACCUCCCAUGGGCGCAACCUCCGCUGGGUUUAUUUCCGUUAAUUCUUUACUUGCUAGAAGGAUUUUACUCUGCAGUGAAAUGUCUGACUGUGUUUGGGGGGAAGGGGGGCUAGAGAGAUGUGGGAAAGACCAAAUUGUUGCUAUAUUGGACCAUCCACCGGUGCAGCUGGUCUAUUUUUAGCCGGGGACUACAUCAGCUAUGACUGCAGACACUGAGAGGGGAAAUCACCAGCGCUGCUGCUGUCUUCAUCCAACCAGUGACCCUUCACUGAAGCAAAUCAAACAGCAACAAGGGAGGCUCUGAAACAUUAUGCUUUAAAGGAGGAAGAUAAUAAAAUGUGCUUUUAAACAAUUUUUGUGAAGGACGAUGUUUUGCUUUGCUUUUUUUGGAGAUGUGUUUUGGUAAUUAAACCUGAUUUUAAGUUAACUUGGAGCGCAGGUGACCCCCAUCUGAGGCAAAGCAGGUGGUCUGCGCGCGCCGAGAGAAAUAGAAAGGGAGAGAGAGAGAGAGAGAGAGAGAGAGAGAGAGAGAGGCGCACAGUGGUCGGGUUGCACACCAACAACUAUCAACCUGUGGAUAGAGCGCGCGCGAUGCGCCAUAGCCACCCUCUCCUCCUCUGACUCCGAGCCCGACAUCCAUCAUCCAUGACCCGGGAGAGGGUGCCAGCUUCAUUCUCCAGAGGGGGGGAGUAGUCUAAAAGUUGAGGGGUCGUGCGCCAACCCCCCUUCUCCUCCCUCCCACCUCAGCUUCAUGAAUGGCAGGACCAUGGAGGAGAUGCCGUUCGAAAGAGUUAAGACGCGGCGGAGAAAGGGACGCUGCCCACCCGGCACGCCGCUGGGAGCCAUCGCCUGCGAGGACGAGUUCAACAGCCAGGAGCUGGAGGCUCUCUUCCAGAACUACAACCUGAAGCUGGAGCAGACCGCCACCCUCAAGGCUCUGGCGGUGCUCAUCGUGGCCGCGUCGUCGCUGUCUCUGGUGGAGCUGCUGUCCAGCCCCCGGCUCACCUUGUCCAAGGGUUCCUACCCGGUGCACUGCGUGGUGUUCCUGUCGCUCUUCAUCGUCACCAACGUCAAGUACCUGCAGGUGACGCAGCUGCAGCAGAUCGCCAAGCUGGCCCUGCUGUUCAGCUUCACCUUCGCGCUGCUCUGCUGUCCGUUCCCGCUGGCGCUCGGCACGCCGGAAACGAUGAGCGCCGCAACCCCGGAGCAAGGCGUGUGGCAGCUCAUGCUGGUCACCCUGGUGGCUUACGUGCUGCUUCCCGUACGGACGCUGCUGGCCGUGCUGUUCGGGGUGAUGCUGUCUGCAUCCCACUUCAUAGUAAUAGCGACGUCCGUGACGGGGAUGAAGCAGAAGCUGUGGAGACCGCUGGCGGCUAACGCCGUGCUCUUCACCAGUGUGAACCUGUCGGGUGUGUUUGUGAGGAUUCUGACCGAGCGUACCCAGAGGAAGGUCUUCCUGCAGGCGCGCAACUGCAUCGAGGAGCGUUUGCGGCUGGAGGACGAAAACGAGAAGCAGGAGCGUCUACUAAUGAGCCUGCUGCCCAGAAAUGUUGCCAUGGAGAUGAAGGAGGACUUCCUGAAGCCACCAGAGAGAAUUUUUCACAAGAUCUACAUCCAGCGCCAUGACAAUGUCAGCAUCCUGUUCGCAGACAUUGUGGGAUUCACCAGCUUAGCUUCUCAGUGCACUGCUCAGGAACUGGUCAAGCUGCUGAAUGAACUCUUUGGGAAGUUUGAUGAACUGGCAACGGAGAAUCACUGCAGACGCAUAAAAAUAUUGGGGGACUGUUACUAUUGUGUGUCAGGACUUACACAACCCAAGGCAGACCAUGCCCAUUGCUGUGUGGAGAUGGGAUUGGAUAUGAUUGAUACAAUUGCGUAAGUAACGAGUACCCACAGUGAA